AUGGAUGACAGGGACUUUGCUUUGACUAAUAACUUUUCGUGUGCUACAAUAAAUGGCAUCGUGAGCCGUCGGUGGGACAACCCUGUACUAGAUGGAUACUCUGAUCUGUCGUCGGUGGAUGAAGUUACUGCUGCAGGCAUUUCAGACGUCUGGCUGCUCGCAGCGGAUGGUUCACACUUGUUAUUUGCGAGCGGUACGGGGCUAAUUAAGAAACUGUUUGCCUCUGCAGUGGGCGCAGCGUUAUCUGGAGUCUUUACCUUGAAAGGAUAUAAAUUAAAGGAAGGUUCACCUGAGAAGAUAUUGGAUCAUCUGAUGGAGUACUCGGAGGACCCCAUAAACCCUGACAUGGAGUUGCAAUGACUCCUGCCUGGGACAACCAAUAAUGAAUUCCUAUCAUGAAAAGUAAAUGACAACCAAUUCAAAUUCACUCAGAAGCCUGCCAAAACAUUGAUGAAAAGGCACCCAAAAGGUGUAAAAAGUUUCCCUGGAUGUUGCAGCCAGAGUUUUGAGGGACAGUGCUUGUGGCAUGGUGUGGUAACGGUAGGCUUCUUUUGUUGUUUUCGGGUAGAUGGUACCCUCAAUAUCUGGUGCGGAUGAUUUGAUAAUAGAAACUAUUUUGUAUUUUCUAUAUUUCUGGUGAUUGUCAUUAGAUUAUCCAAAGAGACUUACAAUAGCAACUACAGUAUUAUUUUAGCAUAACACUUCAGUUAGUUUUGUUAGACACUUUGUAUUUGACUGUUCAUAAUAACUUGGUUACAAACCAAAGGUUGUAAAUGUUUCAGCACUGAAGGAUGCUAGCUCAUUCCGAGAUUUUGAUGUCACCUUCUGUUGUGCAAAAUUGCUUGUUCUAUAAAUUGUUGAACGAAAUGUUAGUAGAGAGAGUUGGUCAAUUAGCAUGGUUGGAAGUGAAUGAUGGACUAAUUUCUAUCACUUUACGAUUUCCUUGCUUGUAACUGUAGUAAAUUGUAUUUCUCAAAAAAAUGUGAUUUCAGAAAUAUGUUUUGCAUUCACAAACUUUUUCUAUAUCAAUAUGUAAUGGGAAUGGUAGAUGCUACUGUUCAUUUAGUUUUGUUGAGUAAAUUAUUUAUCCGCAUCUUCAAAUUCUGAAAGAUAACAAUUUUGUGUAUUAUUCAUUCAUAAGUUUGUAUUAAGUGAUCGUAUCCACAGGAAACAAAUAUUACCCUAAUUUUUAUAUAGCUGCAAAAUAAAAUAACAAUUGUGUUAAUGCAAAGAAAUUUGGUACAUAUUUAAAAUGUGACCAUUGUCUAAUAUUAAAUAAGGUAUACAAGAGUUUAAAUCAGGUAAAAUAUACUAUGUUAAAAAUUUAAAAUACAAAUGGAUGUUCUUAUUUAAAUUUUGUAACUACCUCUUCUAAUGUAUAAAGGUUUAAGUAGCAUUUUGAAUUUCUUCAUAAAAAAUCUAGAUAGUCUUUUUAAAUGUAUCAAGAUGACUAUUGUUUGUCAGUAUUGUAUUAUAGACUGAAGUUGCUAUUUCUGUUUUAAUUUAUAUUUUAUGAGGAUAUUGUUUUAACUAACCUUGCAAAAUGAAAUAGUUUAAUCAUCCUAGAAUGUAGAUUAGGUUAUAGACUAUUAAACAUAUUCUGAUUUGCUACAUCAAAAAACAAAGGAGCCUAGUGGAUUUAUUCAGAAUAAACUACUAAUAUUUCAAAAGCUUUGUGUGGUACAGUGUAGCAUCAGUAAUUCAUACGUCAAAUACCUGGAUUUGAUUCUGCCACCUAUAUAUAUUUAGGCAGUACAUAUAUAUACUUCACUGCAUAUACUGUAUUUUGUUGUAGACCUAGAUCAGGGGUUCCCAACAGUGUCUGUAUUGACCCACUAGAAGUCACUGAGGAUUAGGGAAUUGAUUAGGAAUUCAAAAGCUGCAUAUUAUAAUAAUAAUAAUAAUAAUAAUAAUGAUAAUGUAAUAAUAUUUUUUAUUGUUUAUACAACUUGGUUCAACAAGCUUCAAAGUCAGUAAAUACAUUAUAAUUACAUUUCUUACUAUUACAUCUUGUAAAUGAACUUUAAUAGACAGCAUUAUAAUAUGUAGAAUGUCUUUAAAUAAUGAUAACAGUAACAACUAUAAAAGAACAACACAAUAACAAUUAUAUUUCAUGUCAUAUUUCACUUAAUUUAUAUGGGCAAAUCUCAAUUAUGAAUGCUUUUAAUAAUUUUUUGAAAUUGUCAUUAGACCCUACUUGUUUUAAUAUUCUUUAGGAGUUUAUUAUGUAUUAUUAUUUUUCUGCAGGGGUACUUGUUUGUUUUUCCUACAUACAGCCUGGGGUAUUGAAUUUUUUUAAAAAUUUGAUUGCUGUUAUUUCAAUAUAUUAUAUAAUUUAUUUGGUCCCUUGUUAUUUUAGACAGUAGAAUCCACUAAAUAGACUUGAUCCUACUAGUUAACUUUGGUACAUAUGGCAAAUGUAUUUUGAAUACAUCUUGUGUUUUGUCUCGGUUAUUGGAAUUCAUAACUAAAAGAUGUUUUACAUGUUAUUGUAGAUAGGUUUCACUACAUUUGACUGGGUAAUUAAUUUUAGAAAGCAUGGUUGUCAUUUUUUUAAAAUUUUGAUGGUGGAAUUUUGGCGUUGACAAUAUUCCCUGAUCAACUAAACCAUUAAUUAUACCUAUUUUUUAAGGGACCGGGUAUUUAGAUUUAAAAUUAAGUGUAGUUCCUAUAUGUGUAGACCUCUGAUACUAAUUUGUCAAUAAUGUACCAUUGUGACUACAUACUGUGGUAUCUAAACACUUAAUUUUCCCAUUUACUUCCUUUUGAAAUGUGAAUUUAAUAUUUCUGCGGUAGCUAUUAAAUUUAUCAAGCAUGUUACAAAUGUUAUUUUCAUUUCUUAUUAAAGUGUCAUCUACAUACCUCUUGUAAAAUAUUAAAUCUACCCCUUGAUAAUAUUGGUUUCUAGUUGUCUUAAAACAAUUUCUGCAAAAAAAUUGCAUUCUUCAAUUGGUGUGCCAUCAAUUUGUGGGAAAAAAAAUUAUUAAAUCUGAAUAUUAGUUUAAUGGCGUUCAUGAUUUCAGUUUUUGGAUGAGGUAAAACUCAUCUGGUUUCAUUGAGAUAUGAUUUGAUACCAUCAGU